AUGACACUUUUCUACAACGGAUCCCUUCAGGAGGGCAUUGCUGCUGCAGUGAGAGAUGCCAAAGCGGUUACUUGCUUCGUUAGAGAUGACGAGGAGUUGAGCUCUCAAUGGGAGAACGCUUACUUUGGCGAUGAUGAGGUUGCGCGAGCACUCAAUGCCAAAGCAGUUGUAUUGCGUUUGACAGCGGGGUCACAGGAAGCUGGAUUCCUGGCUCCUUUCUGUCCGAUCUCGAAAUUUCCGACUGUUAUCCUUAUCAAGAAUGGCACGCUGAAUGAAUACAUCGGGCCAGAUAUCUCGAAAGAUGACUUCCGCAGUCGAUUAAUUGCAGCUUUGGAAAGUGAACAAGUACCCAGUCCUACACAGCAACUACAGAGCAAUAACACUCCUACCGCUUCAAUUAAUACUACACCGGUGUCAGUCGCGCCCAAACCCCAGCCCGAGGCGCCAUCCAGUGCCAGCAAACCCGCAAAGCAAACAAACGAAACUGCAAUCAAGAAACAAUCACCGGUUGAACAAAUACCCAAAAAAGCUGCAGAACCCGCCAAAUCAGCAGGCUCUACAUCUCAAAAGCACUUAUCAUCCAAAGAAGCGAGCAAUAAAGAUACUAAAGGCAAAGCACCGAUGGGGUCUAAGCAACCCACUGAGAAAGGUGCCGUAAAAAGCGAACACCAAGAGCCAAAACCUGUAGUCCCUCGCGGACCUCCAACCGAGUACCGGCUGCAAGUGCGCCUGUUUGAUGGAAGAUCAGUGCGAUCUAGCUUUACGCCCACUCAGAACAUCCGAAAUGAUGUACGGGCUUGGCUUGAUGAGAAAAUGGAAGGCGACAACCGACCCUACAACCUCAAACAUAUCUUAACCCCCCUCCCCAGUGAAACUCUUUCCGUCGCCCAAGAGUCGCAAACUCUCCGAGACGUAGGUCUUGGUUCCACCGCGAACCUGGUUAUGGUCCCCGUAUCAACAUACACGGAGGCCUAUUCGGCAGGGGGUAGCUUGCCCGUUCGUGGUAUUUCUGCCGUCUACAACCUGGCCUCUUCUGUUGCCAGCACCGCGACAGGUCUUGUAGGUUCAUUCCUUGGAUAUGGCUCAACCGCACCGGCAAGCGAUGCAGCCACCUCUUCGACUUCUUCGGCCCCUCCGGCUACUGGCAAUUCCCAACGUCCUAGGACAACGGGACCCAAUGUCCGGACGCUGAGGGACCAGCAAGAUGGACGUCGGGAUAAUCAGUUCUACAAUGGGAACCAGUUGAACUUUGAGCCACGGAAGAACCAGGAUGACAAGGAUAAAUAA